CUCAUAACUCCGAAUUUCCCUGUAGUAGUCAAGCUGGGACAUGCUCAUGCUGGAAUGGGGAAGGUCAAAGUUGAGAACCAGCAUGACUUCCGGGAUGUGGCCAGCAUAGUGGCCAUGGCAAAAACCUAUGCCACCACCGAGCCGUUCAUUGACUCCAAGUACGACAUCCGAAUCCAGAAAAUCGGCAGCAACUACAAGGCUUACAUGAGGACAUCCAUCUCUGGAAACUGGAAGGCAAACACAGGUUCUGCCAUGCUAGAACAGAUUGCAAUGACAGAGAGGUACAGACUCUGGGCGGACGCCUGCGCAGAAAUGUUUGGAGGGCUUGACAUCUGCGCUGUCAAAGCUGUCCACAGCAAAGAUGGAAAAGACUAUAUCAUUGAGGUGAUGGACAGCUCGAUGCCCCUGAUUGGGGAGCAUGUGGAAGAGGACAGACAGCUUAUAGCUGAUCUGGUUGUUUCCAAAAUGACUCAGCUUGCCAUCACUGCUGGAUCUACGCCGUCACCUCUGAGGCCUUGGCCUCCACAAGUUCAGCCUGCGGCAAUGAAAUCUCAGACUGGACCUCCGCUUGGACAGCUGUCCCAACCACGGCCUCCUCCCCAAGGUGGACCACGCCAGCCUCCGGGAUCUCAGCCUCCACGGACAAACGCACCUCCACAGCAGCGGCUCUCUCCUCAAGGACAGCAGCCCCAGAGUCCCCAGUCCACUUCUCCUCAGCAGCAAAGGUCACCUGGAUCUCCACAGCAAGUCCGAUCAGCAACCGGGUCUUCUCCAGUCCAGGCUUCCAAGGCAGGCGUGUUCCCUCCACAGCAGCCUAGGCCUCCUGCUCAAGGCCGAGCUCCUAGCCAGCCAAGCCCCACUGAAACGUCCAAGCAGCAAGCUGCCCCACACCCGCAUCUGAACAAAUCGCAGUCCCUGACAAACACCUUCAACAUAUCUGAGUCAUCUCAGCGAGGGAAUGCCAAUGAAGACGAAGCAAAAGCCGAGACCAUCCGCAACCUGAGGAAAUCAUUCGCUAGCCUGUUUUCCGAUUAACAGUCCCACAGCUGGAUCGAUGCUUUUGUCAACCCUCACUCUUCAUACCAGCAUACCUGGCGUCAUCCUAGAAUAUAUCCAGUGGUACCCAGCAACUGACAACUAACACCUGGGUAAAGGGAAUUUAGAGAACUAUAGUUGUUUUAAUGCAAAGAAA